CUCUAUAGUCCAAGUGGAAAGAAGUUCCGAAGCAAGCCCCAGUUGGCAAGAUACUUGGGGAACACUGUUGACCUCAGCAGUUUUGACUUCAGGACGGGGAAGAUGAUGCCCAGUAAAUUACAGAAGAACAAACAGAGAUUAAGGAAUGAUUCUCUCAGUCAAAAUAAGGGUAAACCAGAUCUAAAUACGACACUGCCAAUCAGACAAACAGCGUCUAUUUUUAAACAGCCUGUAACCAAAGUUACCAACCACCCUAGCAAUAAAGUGAAGUCUGAUCCACAGCGAGUGAUUGAACAGCCCAGACAGCUUUUCUGGGAGAAGAGGCUGCAAGGCUUGAGUGCCUCUGACGUGAGUGAGCAGAUCAUAAAAUCCAUGGAGCUGCCUAAAGGACUACAAGGCGUUGGCCCAGGAAACAACGAGGACACCCUUCUGUCAGCCGUGGCCAGUGCGCUUCACACCAGCUCUGCGCCAAUUACGGGGCAGCUUUCAGCCGCAGUCGAAAAGAACCCCGCUGUGUGGCUUAACACAUCCCAGCCUCUCUGCAAAGCCUUCAUUGUAACAGAUGAGGAUAUUCGAAAACAAGAGGAACGGGUGCAGCAGGUACGCAAAAAAUUGGAAGAGGCCCUCAUGGCAGAUAUUUUGUCACGAGCUGCAGACUCUGCGGACGUGGAUGAAGCGGAGAUGGAUGGCGAGGAAGCAUAGAAAUCAAAUAAUCAGGUACUUUAAAAAAUUACCCCCAGAGGAAAUUCCUGGAAGCUGGAGGUGCUCUUUUGUUUUCUGUUGGCCUUUCCUAAUGAGAAGAAAAGGACCAGUGCACAUUUAUAUAGCUUUCUAAUAGCAUUAAAAUAUGCCUUCUUUCGGCUCUUACUUUUUUAAAGUGUGUAUACUUACUAAAAAAAAAGAAGAAGAAAGAAAAGUGAGGAGAAGAAAGAGAAGAAAAUCUACACUUUAUUUUGUGUCUUACGACUUCAAAAGUCUCAUUUUAAUUUUAUUUUGUAACGUCAGACAACUUCCUAAAACUGAGGUCAUCACUUUUGAUGCCAGGUUGCAACCCUGCUGGAACUUUUUAUAGCUAGCACUAAAUAUUAGGGGUGUACUUUCCCCUUUCUUACUUUUAUUGGGGAGGGGGGGUUGUCUACGUGUGCUUGCAAUAAUGGGUCAGGCAAAUGGAACAUUUCUCCAUUUCCUUUUUGAAAAAAAAAUUAUUGUGACAUGAUGUGUUAUAUAUAUAUAUCUAUAUAUUAUAUAAAAGAUUUUUAUACUGGGGUAGAGUGAAAACACCUGUAAACUGACCCAUCCUCAUUCUCUACAGAGAAAUAAAUAAAUAAAUAUAUUCGGAGCGGCUAAAUUUUUAGACUGUUAUGUGCUAUAAAGUUAAGGUAGAGUUAAUAUGCUGGCCGCCUUUCAUGCUCAGAUUGCAAUAUUGAGCAUUAGGCAGAGAUAAUGUAGUCCAGUAAAUAGUGUCUAUGGGAACCUUAGGUUUCAAGUUUCUGACCCCAGUGUUGCACUUCUGAAUGACCCGGGAACCGGGAUGGGCGUCUCUGUCAGAGGCGUCAGUUUAAAGUCACUGGGGUCUGCAUUGUGCAAUCUGAUAUGAAUAUGGAUACAUGUCUCCGGCGUAGGCAGAUUUUCUAUGCCAGCUUUGGGCAACUCUCUCUUUGUAGUCUCUGCUCUCUGUUUGUAAAAUGGAGAAAAGUGACCUACCUACCUCACAGGGUUGUUGUGAGGACGAACCUAAUAAAAAUUGUAAAGCACUUUCCACAUGAAAUGGUCUGCCUAAAUGAAUAGGCAUCAAUAAAGCGGAUGAAAAAGGA